AUGACAGGGCCUUAUGGAUUUCAAAUGGAUGCGGCAAAGACCAUUCUGCAGAUCAACAGAUCAUUCAUAUCUAUCGGCGCUAUGGCCAACCGAAAACGCACCUUUUUGGAACAGGAUGAGUGGAAGCAUAUACCAUGGGCAUUGCAACCCAUGUCCAAGACGAUUGGGGAUUACCUACAAGACAUUCUAUGCGACAUCCCUGGCAUGAUGGAAGACGUCGAUCAUAUCUUCAAUACGAACGAUUGCCAGGUGUCUGCAAAUUUCACAAGUCGAAAGCUGCAGGCUUCUUUUGAGCAACUCAACUCUUUACGAAUCUCAUGGAGCUUCAUGCAUCCUCAUAGUUGCUGGAGACAGAAGAUUGUGCGCGAAUCCUCAGAAAUAUACCAUGGCACACUGGAGCAAGCAGUUAAUGUCAUUGCCGGACACCUGUUGCGUCUUCGAUGCUGGUAUAUCUCCCGACGCAAUCUACUUCCAAGAGCCAUCGGAGCUUAUGUUCUGGAAUCAUGA